AUGAGGAAUAUAACGCGUGUGAAGCAGGGAUGGAGAUGGUUGCAGACUCCGAAGCUGGCCGCCAUGGGUGCCCAGCUGACAGAAAGCUGCAACAAGCUCGUAUUUAUCCUGGGUCACCUCUGGCCGUCGAUUUGUCAUUGUUGCCUGCGGCUCUGGGGGUUGCUGUUGACGCUUCUGAGGCUGUGGAGUGAUUGCGUUGCCAGGGGGAUCUGGUCAUUGAUUGCUUUGGGCAUCACAACCUUGUUCGUCAUCUUAUGGAGCUUAUUUCUUUGUCUCACUUCAACAUUUUGCCUGGUCUACGCGCUUCUGAUUCUGGUUAGUGAUUUCUAAGACUUACCUACAAUGUAAAAAUAAAAAAUAUAUAAUUGUAAUUGAAGGAGAUUUAUGAUUAUUCACAUUUCCAGGAUUGACCUGAGAAACCGUUUGACCCUCAAAAAAUGGACACAUUAGUCUGGCAUGUAAUUCGGAGUUAUAUGCUUUCUAUUGAACAAUAAUUGCUCGCCAGAGGCCCCAUUAUCCUGCUGAUCGCUAGAACUGUCCAGCUUUAGAUUCCUUUCAAUUUUCCUUCAUCCAUUACAGGUUGGGGAUGCAUUUUAUAGUAUUGUGAAGAGAAAAUCAUCUUGAGAGAGAUCUGAAUCUUGUCUUUGUUCUAAGCUUUUCACAAAAUUACUCAUAUGCUUCGUUGUUAUAUGGUGAUUUCAGGGAGCUGCUUGUGCUACGAUUCGCCACCUGGGUUAUACCCCUGGACUCUUCCUUGUUGGGCUUCUUGGAAUUUUGACCAACUGGAUCUAUGGAAACCUUUGGGUGAUAGCUGCGCUACUAAUAAUAGCAGGUAUACUUCAACUCGUGUUAUAUCUGUUGAUACCCAUCACCAAGGAAAGGAAUGUUUUUUGUUGAUUUCUGGACAUAAGUUUGGUACAGUUUUCCAGUGCUCCUACUGUUCAUGGCUGAUUGAAUCCGUAAUCUUCUAUAUGAUUUUCCAUGCCAUUUCAGGAUAUAUGUUCUCCCGGAGCAAUGCCCGCUUCCUGAUCAUCGUUUCAACUGCGUACUCUGUUUACUCUGUGUAUGUUCGUGUUGGAUGGGGUGGGAUCCUUCUAUUGACAAACUUGUCCUUUCUUUCAAACGAUCUGUUGACCACCUUCCUUCAAGGAUAUGAUGAAGCACAUGAAGCUGGUCAACGGGAGGAGCCCAGAAAGUCAGAGCCCAUUGCAGAGGACUUUGUUGGGUAUGGUGAUUUUUCGUCUCCUGGUAGCAAAUCUGGAGAGGACGACACACCCAAGUCCCAUAAGGAAUCCGAUGCGGGAGACGUCAAAAAUAGUAAAAAGGACUCUUCACUAAGCGAGGUGGUAAAGCCUGAUUCAAGUUCUCUGGAUGAGAUGAAGAGAAUCAUGGACAGCUCAAACCAUUAUGAAGCUCUUGGUCUUCCAAGAAAUAAGAGCAUAGAUGUAGCACUACUGAAACGGGAGUACAAGAAAAAGGUGGACGCUUUUUCUACUCGUCUUUAUCAGAGUUGACUGCUGUAUAUAUACUAUUUUGAUUUAGAUUCCACCCUUUUCUGACUUUCGUUGACAUUUAUAUCAUAGGCUGUGCUCGUUCAUCCUGAUAAAAAUAAUGGUAAUCCCUUGGCGAGUGAUUCAUUCAAGAGGCUGCAGAGUGCAUACGAGGUUAGUCUCUUUCUCAAGAACAUUCAUGAAAUGAAAAAAAUAUGAUAUUUCUGCACUUAUUCGCUUGUGUUUGGAUCAUAUUUCUGUGCUCGAUCCUUAACUCAUCUCAGAGAUCAAUUCCAGGUUCUUUCAGAUAUUACAAGAAAGAGAGCCUAUGAUGAGAAACUGAGGAAGGAAGAACUGAGCAUUGUUCCUCAUAAACACCAUGCUUCCUCUAACCAGGUACUUAACUGUGGGUUGCCAGAUUAGGAUAUUGCUGCAUCAUAAAUAGUUAGAUAAAAUUCUAGGAUGGGCCUUUUUUGGGCAUUGCCAAUACACUCUGUUCUUCAUGGAUCAUCGGUUGCUUCGUUUUAAUGAUCAUUUAUAUGACAGGAUGGAAUGGGCAACCGAUAUGAAAAAUCUCGGCAUAUCAGCUGCAUCUUGUGCGGCAAAAUCCAUAUAUGGACAUUUACGAAUAGAAGCACGAGCAAGGCCAGGUGGUGCCAGGUCAGACCCUUUCUCCCCAAGGAACUAGACCUUAAGUGCUCUUGAGAUCAUCACCAUCUAUACAAGAUCUCAUGAAUCCUUCCAUUCUGGGAUCAUUCUCUCUGUUCCCAGGAUUGCUGCCAGUAUCACCAAGCCAAAGAUGGAGAAGGGUGGAUUGAGAUGGGGCCCACAAGAUUCACCUCAGGCGCCAAAAAGGUACCUCCACUAAACUAGCUAUGGCGGCUGUCAGAAUUAUUCAUUGGUUCAGCUUCAGAGAGUCACCAUGGAAAGAGGAAGAUCAUGCCCUUUGGAUGAAGGCGAGCUAUAUGAUUUCUCAGUAGUCUCCUGGAAGAAUUCUGAAGAAAUGAUGGUUCAGAUUAGUGCGUGGAAAAAGAUAAUAGAUCAAUUUUUAUUUUUAUUUUUUCUUGUUUGCUGAUUAAAGCUAUUACUGAUGGGUUUGGUUCAAGAGCAACUGAGGAGAAUGAAUUGAGGACCUCCACAGAAAAAAAAUCAAUCAUGUCCUUCUGCUUUAAUUGGUCUUCAAGAAAUAUGGUUUAAAUUAAUGCAGGGAAUAAUAAAAUUAUGAAUUUUUUUCCUGGUUUAAUGGAAAUCAUGUGAUUUCCUUUUAUGGGUCUUUAAAGGGUUUUCAUUCUUUUUUUUCUUUUUUUCUUUUUUUUUGUUUCUUGUUUUUCAGGUAGAGAUUCGACGAGCGUUUGUCUGUGCCGAGGGGAAGGUCUUCGAUGUGACUGAGUGGGCCACUUGCCAGGUUUGUCCCCCCCCCCAUUCCACAUUCUUCCUCGGAUUUGUUUGGCAAAAUUAUUUUCGGAUCCAGUUUGAAAAUCCCUCGUAAUUGUCAUUAAGUAUCUCUCACCCAGCUAAUUUUUCUACAUUUGGUACUCAAAGUCAAAAUUUAGAAAUAGAAAAUGCCAUAAUCUCUCUCUCUCUCUCUCUCUCUCUCUCUCUCUCUCCCUCUCACCCAGCUAAUUUUUCUACAUUUGGUACUCAAAAUCAAAAUUUGGAAAUAAAAAAUGCCAUAAUCUCUCUCUCUCUCUCUCUCUCUCUCUCUCUCUAGAAUAAGUGCAUGAGAUCAAAGUUUCUGCAUUUAGCUGAAUCAAUUCUUUCUAUUCCCACUCCCUCUUGAAGAUGCAGGGCGUGCCUUGCCAAGCCAACACCCAUCAAGCAACCUUCCAGGCGAAGAUCGUCGGGCCUGAUCGGAGACCACCAAGGCCCAACGCCUCCCGCACCCCUCGCCAGCCAGAGCCACCACCGCCGCCGCCCCCGCCGAUGACGACCAGAACGGUGGUGAUGAUGGCAGCACCAGCAGCAGAAAACAAGAGCGAGCUCUGGUUGAAGCAAGCCUUCGCCUCUGGGCGGCUCUCAGAGAGCCACCACCACCAGAAGACCUGGAGCCCCUUCAAGAUCGCCCCGAGGAAUGGGUUCAUGAGGCAGCUCCGCAGGUACUCCCUGGGUUAG